GUUGUACCUCCCCUCCCACCACAUCUUCCUUCCGCACAUACGACCCAGCUGUUCACGAUGUCUUCUACUGUUCUUGGAAAGAGACUUCGCAGCUCUGCAACUACAGAAGUGCAAGAGCCUCUAUCGCCCAUCAAGACUCGAGCAAAGCGCCGAGCACAAUUCGUUAUCCUCGAUGAUACAGAACAGGAAAAUCCCUUCAUCACCCCAAAGAAGAGGGUUCAACAAAAUGGCGAUGCUAUGGAUGUUGAUGAGGCGGUGGAGAACGCAUCCGGAAAGCCCACUCGAAAGACGAGGAGUACUCCUGCUAAACACGGCGCACCCCAAACGAGACUUCCUCUGUCAACGACAGUCGUCAACUCGCCAACCAAACCCCGUGUGGCAAGCCCAGAGAAACCGAAUGCAGUUCCCCAAACUCCCAGUCGGCGCGCCGCUCAAUCAUCGAAGAUCGCAGUAACCCCAAGACACCGUCUCAUAGUCGCUGGCCGACCCCUUACACCACGAACUCCACAUUCGCCAUCAACACCUCGCAGUCUAGUACCGACCAUCUACAAUGAAGCUCGUCAGCUAUUCACCCGGGGUACUGCUCCAAGUGCCCUGUUUGGCCGUGAUACCGAACGUAAAGAGCUUGCAGACUUCAUCUCCUCGCGCACCAGUGAGAAGACAUCUGGCUGCAUGUAUGUUUCUGGGCCCCCUGGAACCGGAAAGAGUGCUUUCGUCAAUGAGAUCUGUCAAUCAAUCAAGCACGACGGGGAUGUCAAGACUGGUUAUAUCAAUUGCAUGAGUGUGAAGAAUGCUCUCGAUCUGUACCGGACUCUUUUGGAAGAAUUCGUUGAUAUCACCGAAAUCGCAGAAGGCGAGGAGAUGGACACAUUGAAGGAUCUCUUCAUGCAACGAAAGACUUCCUAUGUUGUUACCCUCGACGAAGUCGAUCAUCUGUUGGAGCUUGACCUAGACCUUCUCUACAACAUUUUCGAAUGGUCGCUGCAAAAGUCGUCGGGGCUUAUCUUGGUUGGAAUCGCCAAUGCCCUAGAUUUCACGGAUCGGUUUUUGCCACGCCUUAAGGCCCGGGGGUUGAAGCCGCACUUGCUCCCUUUCCUGCCAUACACUGCUCAUCAGAUUGCAUCUGUCAUCACCGAGAAGCUCAAGAGUCUGCUCCCCGCGGAUAUCAGCCAGGUUCCUUUCAUCCAUCCCACCGCAAUCAUGUUCCUCUCUAAGAAGGUCGCUGCUCAGUCUGGAGAUCUUCGCAAGGCUUUCGACAUCUGCCGGCGAGCCAUCGACCUGAUCGAGGCCGAUACUCGUGAUCAACAUGCCAAAAAAGCCACUGAGAUAACUCCUUCUCCAACACCUUCACCCUCCAAGACGCCUCUGGUCGAGAACAUCAACUUGUCGUCCCCUUCAAAGCGGUCUCCCUCAAAAGAUAAAAUCCACACUGCCAUUGCCGAAUCACUCGCCAAAUUGACUGUCGAGACGGCCCCGCGUGCAACCAUUGCCCAUAUGGCCCGAAUCACCGCAGCAGUCUUCAGCAACGGCACAGUCCAGCGUCUGCAGAAUCUCAACUUGCAGCAAAAGGCCGUUUUGUGCUCUCUUGCAGCUCUGGAGAAGAAGACAAGAACUGUGGCCGCCGAUAAUGUGUUUUCGACUCCAUCGAAAUCCCAAGGCACUGCACCAACCAUCAAGGCCCUCUUCGAAGCGUACACAGCUUUGUGCAAGCGCGAGAACAUUCUCCACCCACUCACCAGCACCGAGUUCCGAGACAUUGUCGGAAGCUUGGAAACGCUUUCCCUCAUUUCUGCAGUAGAAGGGAAAGCCGGAUCGCUCGUUGCAGUUGGCACGCCGAGCCGCAAGGGCAGAGGCGCUGGAGGAUUUGGCGGUGCUGUCGUCGAAGACCGACGUGUUGCCAGCGUUGUCGAGACCAAGGAGCUCGCGACAGCACUUGUCGGCGCCGGCAGUGGCAUCCUCAGAGGCAUUCUAGAAGGCGAGAACCUUAUUUAGAACGGGUCCAAGCCGUUGUUUUCGUGUUUUCAUUCCUGUUCCCAUACCAAUACCCAUACAUAGGCGACCGUACUACAACGAUUGUACCCUUUUUUUUUGCAUAGCCAGGAGUCUUCUCUUUUCCUUUCUCUCUACCUACUUUUUGCAUCAAGAGGAAUAUACACACCAAGACGUUUUGC